ACACACAUUAACCUGUAAUUGAUUUAGUUUAAGAAAGGCUUCGUGCAGAAUUUACAUUAGCAGCACCACAACAAACCAGCGCAAUGGCUGACGCAGCGGCAAGACAACUUCAGUACGAAUACAAGGCGAACUCGAACCUUGUCCUGCAAGCGGACGUCCGGCUAAUCGAACGCCCCAGGCGCGAUGAGGCUACGGGUGAGGUGAUUUCGCUUGUCGGCAAGCUCGACGGUACCCGGAUGGGUGACCGGGCACAGCGCAGCAAGCCGGAAAAAACGGAAGAGCGGAAAGCGAAGCGUCAGAAGCGCGAUGAAGCGCAGUAUGAUUUUAACAGCAUGAAAGGUGCUACCCUGCUGUCGGAAGGAAUCGACGAAAUGGUUGGCAUUGUUUAUCGGCCGAAAACGCAGGAAACGCGUCAAACGUACGAGGUGUUGCUAAGCUUCAUCCAGGAAGCGAUCGGUGACCAGCCGCGUGAUAUAUUGCGCGGUGCGGCCGAUGAGAUACUGGCCGUGCUGAAGAACGAUCGUAUGAAGGAGCGCGAAAAGAAGCGUGAAAUUGACGGGUUGCUGGGUAGUGUGGCGGAUGAGCGGUUUGCACUGUUGGUGAACCUUGGGAAGAAAAUUACGGACUUUGGAUCGGAUGCGGCCACGGCGAUUGGUGGCGUUGGACAGGCUGGUCCGGGCGGUGAUGAACCGAUCGAUGAAACGUACGGUAUUAAUGUACGGUUUGAAGAAUCGGAAGAAGAGUCGGAUGAGGAUAAGUACGGUGAGGUGCGGGAGGAUGAUGGACAGGAUGAGGGUGAGGAGGCACGGGACGAUGGUAUUUUGCAUGCGGAAAAUCUUGGCGGUGGUGAAGAUAUGAACAAGAAGGAAAAAGCACUCGACCCACGGGACAUUGAUGCGCAUUGGUUGCAGCGAUGUUUGCGAAAGUAUUACAACGAUUCCAUGAUGUCCCAGUCGAAGGCGCUCGAGGUGUUGAACGUGUUGAAAGAGUCGGGAGACGAUCGAGAGUGCGAGAAUCAGCUGGUCCUUUUGCUUGGGUACGAUUGUUUCGAUUUCAUAAAGCAGUUGAAGAAAAAUCGUCAAAUGAUCCUGUACUGUACAAUGUUGGCACAGUCGCAAAGUGAGAGCGAGCGGGCAAAGCUGCGAGACCGGAUGAAGUCGGAUGCUGCGUUGGCGAAAAUUUUGCGUCAGCUUGAUACCGGGAAGCAGGAAGCACAGGAAGGUAGAGACUAUUCGAACGGAGCUGAUGGGGUGGAUAUGAAGCCAUCGCUUCGAUCUCGUCGCGAACGAGGACUGGAUGAUGGUAGUGCCAUGGACUUCAUGGAAGGAACUCAAGGAGUUGGUGGUGGUGAACGUACCGGACCCGCUGGAGGACAGAUUAUUGGCAAUCGUACCGUGCUGGAGCUGGAUGAGCUUGCAUUCACCCAAGGUUCCCAUCUGAUGGCAAACAAACGCUGCCAACUUCCGGACGGAUCGUUCCGUAAGCAGCGCAAGGGCUACGAAGAAGUGCACGUACCAGCCCUCAAACCUCGUCCAUUCGAUGAAGACGAAGAGCUAAUUGCGAUUGAAAAACUCCCAAAGUAUGUGCAGCCAGUAUUUAACGGAUUCAAAACGCUCAACCGCAUCCAGAGCCGACUGUACAAAAGCGCCCUGGAGAGUGACGAAAAUCUGCUGCUUUGUGCUCCGACCGGUGCCGGUAAAACGAACGUCGCGCUGCUCACGAUGAUGCGUGAGAUCGGAAAGCACAUCAACGAUGAUGGAACGAUCAACGUGGACGAGUUUAAAAUCAUCUACAUUGCUCCGAUGCGAUCGUUGGUGCAGGAAAUGGUGGGAAAUUUCGGUCGUCGCCUGGCGACGUACAAUCUCACAGUAGCGGAAUUGACGGGCGAUCAUCAGCUAAGUCGAGAGCAGAUCGCUGCAACGCAGGUCAUCGUUUGUACACCGGAAAAGUGGGAUAUUAUCACACGGAAAGGAGGCGAAAAGACGUACACACAGUUUGUGCGGUUGGUUAUUAUCGAUGAAAUUCAUCUCCUACACGAUGAGCGUGGUCCAGUGCUGGAAGCGUUGGUUGCUCGUACGAUCCGGAACAUUGAAACGACGCAGGAAGAUGUGCGUCUGGUUGGGCUAUCGGCAACACUGCCCAAUUACCAGGAUGUUUCAACGUUUUUGCGCGUUCGACCCGAAACGGGGCUUUUCUACUUCGACAACAGCUACCGUCCGGUGGCACUGGAACAACAGUACAUCGGUGUGACGGAGAAGAAAGCCCUCAAACGGUUCCAGGUGAUGAAUGACAUUGUGUACGAGAAGGUGAUGGAGCACGCGGGCCGGAAUCAGGUGCUGGUGUUUGUUCAUUCGCGAAAAGAGACGGGCAAAACGGCACGCGCCAUCCGGGACAUGUGUCUCGAGAAGGAUACGCUGGGGACGUUCCUGCGCGAAGGUUCCGCAAGUAUGGAAGUGUUACGGUCGGAAGCGGACCAGGUUAAAAAUCAAGAGCUAAAGGAUCUGCUUCCGUACGGAUUUGCGAUCCAUCACGCCGGGAUGACGCGCGUUGAUCGUACGCUGGUGGAAGAUUUGUUUGCCGAUCGACACAUCCAGGUGCUUGUAUCGACGGCCACCCUUGCGUGGGGUGUAAAUUUGCCGGCACAUACCGUUAUCAUCAAGGGCACGCAGGUGUACAACCCGGAGAAGGGGCGAUGGGUUGAGUUGGGUGCGUUGGACGUGCUACAGAUGCUUGGUCGUGCCGGUCGUCCACAAUACGAUACGAAGGGUGAAGGCAUUCUGAUCACAAACCACAGCGAACUGCAGUACUAUCUAUCGCUUCUGAACCAGCAGCUACCGAUCGAGUCGCAGCUUAUUUCGAAGCUUCCGGAUAUGUUGAAUGCGGAGAUUGUGCUCGGUACGGUUCAAAACGUUAAGGAUGCUGUCACGUGGCUCGGAUACACGUAUCUAUACAUCCGUAUGCUGCGCCAACCGACCCUUUACGGUGUUUCGAUCGAUGCGGUCCAAGAGGAUCCACUGUUGGAGCAGUUCCGAGCGGAUCUGAUACACACUGCAGCACUUCACCUCGAACGUAGCGGACUGAUCAAGUACGAUCGCAAGAGUGGUCAUCUGCAGGUCACCGAGGUUGGUCGAAUCGCUUCGCACUACUACUGCACACACGAAACAAUGCUAACGUACCAUCAGCUGCUGAAGCCUACGCUCAGCGAGAUUGAGCUGUUCCGCGUUUUCUCACUGUCCGGGGAGUUCCGCAACAUCACCGUCCGUGAGGAAGAAAAGCUCGAGUUGCAGAAACUGAUGGAACGUGUACCGAUCCCGAUCAAGGAAAGUAUGGAAGAGCCAAGCGCGAAGGUGAACGUCCUACUGCAAGCUUACAUCUCACAGCUCAAGCUGGAAGGGUUCGCUCUAAUGGCCGACAUGGUUUAUGUGACGCAGUCCGCCUCUCGGCUUUUGCGUGCAAUCUUCGAAAUAGUCCUGCACCGUGGUUGGGCACAGCUGGCCGAUAAAUGUCUCACCCUGUGCAAGAUGAUCGAUCGUCGCAUGUGGCAAAGCAUGUCUCCGUUGCGUCAGUUCCGCAAGAUGCCCGAAGAAAUUGUGAAGAAAAUCGAAAAGAAAAACUUCCCCUGGGAACGGCUGUACGAUCUGGAGGCGAACGAAAUCGGUGAGCUGAUCCGUGUGCCAAAGUUGGGCAAAACAAUCUACCGAUACAUACAUCAGUUCCCGAAGCUGGAACUCUCAACGCAUAUCCAACCGAUCACCCGGUCAACGCUGCGGGUAGAACUCACCAUCACACCCGAUUUCCAGUGGGACGAAAAGGUUCAUGGGCAAUCGGAAGCGUUCUGGAUUUUGGUGGAAGAUGUCGAUUCGGAGGUUAUUUUGCACCAUGAAUACUUCCUGCUGAAAGCUAAGUAUUGUACCGAUGAUCAUUUGGUGAAAUUCUUCGUGCCAGUCUUUGAACCAUUGCCUCCGCAAUACUUUUUACGUAUCGUUUCCGAUCGGUGGAUUGGAGCGGAAACACAGCUUCCCGUAUCCUUCCGACAUUUAAUUCUGCCCGAGAAGAAUCUUCCCCCGACGGAGCUGCUUGAUCUGCAACCGCUCCCGAUCAGUGCACUGCGAGAUCCUUCCUUCGAGGCACUUUACGCCGACCGUUUCCCACAAUUUAACCCCAUUCAGACGCAAGUGUUUAAUGCGGUGUACAACAGCGAAGAUAACGUAUUUGUUGGAGCACCGACAGGAUCGGGCAAGACAACGAUUGCCGAGUUUGCGGUACUUCGACUACUUUCACAGAAUCCGGCCGGGCGUGUCGUGUAUCUUGUUGCGCGGGAUCCUCUGGCGGAUCUCGUUUUUCACGAGUGGCAUCAACGAUUCGGACAAUCCGCACUGGGUUGUAAGGUGGUGAAGCUUACUGGAGAGACGGGAACCGAUUUGAAGCUGAUCGCUAAAGGGCAGAUCAUCGUCACAACAGCUGACAAAUGGGAUGUCCUGUCGCGUCGUUGGAAGCAGCGUAAGAACGUCCAAAAUGUGCAGUUAUUUAUCGUGGAUGAGUUGCAGCUGAUUGGCGGAGAAGAUGGUCCAGUACUCGAGGUGGCCUGCUCUCGUAUGCGAUACAUUUCGUCGCAAACCGAGCAACCGAUACGCAUCAUCGCGCUGUCAGCUUCGUUGGCCGAUGCGCGUGAUAUCGCACAAUGGCUUGGAUGUAGCACGAACGCUACCUUCAACUUCCAUCCCUCUGUAAGGCCGAUCCCUCUGGAACUGCACGUACAAGGACUCAACAUUACGCACAAUGCGUCGCGAGUUGCCGCCAUGUCGAAGCCAGUGUACAACGCGAUUACCAAGUUCAGUCCACACAAACCUGUCAUCGUGUUUGUCACAUCUCGCAAGCUGGCUCGACUUACGGCGAUUGACGUGCUGACGUACUGUGCGGCUGAGUUGCAACCGAACCGUUUCUUCCACGCAGAGGAGGAAGACAUUAAACCGUUCCUGGAUCGAAUGACAGACAAAACCUUGAAGGAAACAUUGUCCCAGGGCGUGGCGUACAUGCACGAAGGACUAACAGCUUCCGAUCAGCGUAUAGUGGAGCAAUUGUUCGACUCCGGAGCAGUACAGAUAGCUAUCUGCACACGAGAUCUCUGCUGGGCGUUAAAUAUUAGCGCCCAUUUGGUCAUCAUAAUGGACACACAGUUCUACAAUGGACGAAAUCAUGCGUACGAUGACUAUCCAAUCACGGAUGUACUGCAAAUGAUCGGUCGCGCUAACCGUCCCUUGGAAGAUGAUGACGCCAAAGCUGUCCUAAUGUGUCAGAGCUCAAAGAAGGACUUUUACAAGAAGUUCCUCAAUGAACCGCUGCCGGUGGAAAGUCAUCUUGAUCAUAGGCUGCACGAUCAUUUCAAUGCCGAGAUUGUCACAAAGACAAUUGAAAACAAACAGGACGCAGUAGAUUACUUGACGUGGACGUUCCUGUACCGACGGUUGACGCAGAAUCCCAACUACUACAAUCUGCAGGGCGUCACACAUCGUCAUCUAUCCGAUCACUUGUCGGAAUUGGUGGAAUCGACCCUUUCCGAUCUGGAGCAAUCGAAGUGUAUCGGAGUGGAGGACGAGAUGGACGCACUGCCACUUAAUCUGGGCAUGAUUGCGGCUUAUUACUACAUCAACUACACGACAAUCGAACUGUUCAGUCUUUCGCUUAACAGUAAGACAAAGAUCCGCGGUUUGCUGGAAAUCAUUUCAUCUGCAGCUGAGUACGAGGAUCUGAUCGUACGCCAUCACGAGGAUAACAUUCUGCGAAGUUUAGGAUCCCGCCUGCCCAACAAACUGACCGGUCCUAAUGGUACUGCACCCAAGUACAACGAUCCACACAUCAAGACGAACUUGUUGCUGCAGGCCCAUCUUUCUCGACUACAACUCGGUGCGGAACUUCAAGGUGACACCGAGCAGAUUCUUGGCAAGGCAAUCCGUUUGGUGCAGGCAUGCGUGGAUGUGCUUUCUUCCAAUGGUUGGCUAUCGCCCGCCGUUGCCGCUAUGGAACUGGCGCAGAUGAUAACACAGGCGAUGUGGAGCAAAGAUUCCUACCUGAAGCAGUUGCCCCAUUUUACGGCGGAAAUUAUCAAGCGUUGUCAGGAGAAGGGCAUCGAGACGGUAUUUGACAUUAUGGAGCUGGAUGAUGAUGAUCGAUCCCGGCUGCUGCAGAUGACUGAUCAACAGAUGUCGGAUGUAGCACGAUUCUGUAACCGAUAUCCCAAUAUCGAGCUGACGUUCGCCGUGUUGGAAAAGGAUAGGAUUCAUUCCGGGUCGUCCGUUGAUGUGGAAGUUACUUUGGAGCGUGAGGACGAUGUAACGGGACCGGUAAUUGCACCAUUCUUCCCACAGAAACGCGAAGAAGGCUGGUGGGUUGUUAUCGGUGAUCCAAAAACAAACUCGCUGCUGUCCAUCAAACGGCUCACCCUGCAACAAAAGGCGAAGGUAAAGCUGAACUUUGUCGCACCGAGCCCAGGCCACCACGAGUACACGCUGUACUAUAUGAGCGAUUCGUAUCUGGGCUGCGAUCAGGAGUACAAAUUCUCCAUCAACGUUGGCGAUUUCCAGUCGGAGAGCGAAAGCGAAUCGGAUUAAACUGUGC